GGAAAUGGUCGUUUUUGAAGAGGUCAGUUCUUUUGAGAAAAGAGGUGAAGUUGUCCACAUAUGGGAUGUCUCGGCUGCGGCAGUAUACUUUGAGGUGGAGGUGCUGUGCUUCACGGGGUGCUGAGCCACUUGCGCCGGACCAGAGAGGGACGAGCCUAGAUGUCGUGUGGCCGAUGGCACACAGGGCUGCCGAAGCUCCACCUGGGGCGCGGGCUUCAGUGAGACAGUUGCAUCAGGCAUUCGUGACGCACGCCGCGGCGCGGGUGUAAACAACGGCAUGGAGCGGCGUAGUUAGUGUGGAGCCGGAGGAGACGGAGACGACAGAGCCGGAGGAGAGGGUCGGGGUUCCUCUGUGAGAGGAGUAGGAUCAUCUUGGUCCAGCGGGGAAAAUCUAUUUUCCAAGUGAAUGUAAUGUUUAGGAGCGGAGCGGCGCCCUCGUCUGUCUUGACUAGUGAUCAGUGACCAGGAUUCAGGUGCAGAUGGGGUGGAGGAGCCCUGAGCUUUGGUCUUGGCACCUUGGCACCUUGGCGUGGAGGUUGAUUUCCGGAGGAGAGAUGGCAGCGGCAGGAGAAGUGGCUUUGGGUCCCGGUGGAUCGAAUGUGACUGUGUCUAUAAACAGCUCAGCCUCGCGGAUCUGAUACAGGUUAGAAAUGCGUCCUUCAAGCUCGGUAACUUUCUGAGCGAGGCGGGUGCAGCUGCAGCUGCCACAGGAUGGUGAGGUCAUAGAAGAUAUAUGCUGUUUUAGACCUUCUGAGGAAACAGAUUCACGGCUGCAGGAUCUUUGAAGGCUGAAUCAUAUCCACAAAUCAAUCAAUUAAUUUUUAUUUAUUUUAGCGUUAAAAGUAGCAAACAUCCAGUUCCACUUCGAUCAUCUCAUCCUGCCCUGCUGCUCAUGUGGCCCCAAUUAUCCCAACUGUCCACCUCCUGUGAGCUCCUAAUCUGCUGCAAAGCAGAGAUGAUGUCCCAGAGCCUCUUCGCCUUAUUGCACCGCUUGACCCGAGGAUAACUGUCAAUCAUCCACAGCGACUCCCUGUGGACCAACCCAUUUCAAUACUCAGAACCCCGGCUCCGGUCCUUCAGGGAGGAUGGGGGAUGGUAGCUGGGUUUGUCUAAGCCCGGCAGAGUUUUCCCAGCUGCAGCAGUAUAGCGAGUACUCCACAAAGAAGCUGAAAGAUGUGCUGGAGGAGUUUCAUGGUGAAGGCGUCCUCUCCAAAUACAACCCAGAGCAGAAGCAAGACGUUCUGAAACAACCCAUCGACUACGAGGGCUUCCAGCUCUUCAUGGCCACGUACCUAGAGAAUGACAUCCCAGAGGAGCUGUGCCAGCAUCUCUUCACCUCCUUCAAGAGCAAGACAGAAGGCUGCUCUCCAGACCAGUCCCGAGCAGGAACCAGUUUACUGGACGCCCGAUCCAUUGAUGCAGGCAUCUCUAUUCAGACCGAAGUGGCUUGUGCUCCUAUUACAGGGAUGAACGGGAAGAGCAUUCUGUCUGCGAUGGGCCGGCACACCCCAGAGCACUCCAUUGUGAUGAGCACAGUGGGUUCAGGAGCCACCAACUCCCCUUGUUCAUCCCGCUCCUCCUCGCAGCGUUCGGGGACAGGGACCAACAUGCCCGGGGCUCCCCACAGAUCUCCCUGCACCCAGGUCAAAGCCUCCGAGUGCAGCAGCAAUGUCCUGAUGCCCAACACUGGUCCUGUCCGUUCCCCAGUGUCUGAGAAGCUUUCACCGGAGAGGAGCUGCUCAGAGAAGCGUUUGUCUCUGAGAAGGAGUCCUUCGCCCCAGAAAGGCUCCGUGGUGCUGUUGCCCCAGGUUGUCUUCCUCAAGGACAUUGUCUGCUACCUGUCCCUGCUGGAGAGGGGGACUCCGGAGGACAAACUGGAGUUCAUGUUCCGGCUCUAUGACACGGACGGUAAUGGAAUCCUGGACAGUUCUGAGCUGGACCGCAUCAUUAAUCAGAUGGUGCAUGUUGCAGAGUAUCUGGAGUGGGACUCGACAGAACUGAGGCCGAUCCUGAAGGAGAUGAUGGAAGAGAUUGACUAUGACCGAGAUGGGACAGUCACUCUGGAGGAGUGGAUCAGAGGAGGCCUCACCACCAUCCCUUUACUGGUUCUGCUGGGCAUGGACACGAACGUGCAGGAAGAUGGGCAGCACGUUUGGCGUCUGAAGCACUUCAACAAACCAGCCUUCUGUAACUACUGCCAUACCAUGCUGCUGGGAGUCCGCAAGCAGGGCCUCUGCUGCUCCAUAUGCAAAUACACGGUACAUGAACGCUGUGUAUCCAAAGACAUCGCCGCCUGCAUCAGCACCUACGCCAAGUCACGCAGACACACCAGUGCUACGCAGCAUGUGUGGAUGGAGGGUAAUUCUCCGACAAAGUGCGACCGCUGCCACCGAAGCAUCAAGUAUUACCAGGGCCUGACAGGCCUGCACUGUGUGUGGUGUCAGACCACACUCCAUAACAAGUGUGCAUCCAAUGUGAGGCCAGAGUGUGACGGAGGAGCCUUGAGGGACCACACUCUCCUGCCAUCGUACAUCUGCCCUGUUGUCCUGGACCGUCAUUCUGUGGCAAAGCGAGGUGAGGGGGAGUCGCCGCCCAGCACCAGCCCUGAUGACAACAGCCAGACAUUCAAGUUCUCUCCUGGAGAUGGCCAGGCGCUGCAGAUCACCCCUCUGCCUGGGACUCACCCGCUGCUGGUCCUGGUCAAUCCCAAGAGUGGGGGGAGACAGGGUGAGCGGGUCCUGAGGAAGUUCAGAUACCUGCUGAACCCCCGGCAGGUUUACAUUUUGGACCAAGGAGGACCAAUGGUGGGGCUUAACUUUUUCCACGAUGUCCCUGAUUUCCGGGUGCUCGCUUGUGGAGGUGAUGGCACUGUGGGCUGGAUCCUCGACUGUAUAGAUAAGGCCGGCUUCGCUCGACACCCUCCAGUAGCGAUCCUCCCUCUGGGCACGGGGAAUGACCUGGCUCGCUGCUUACGCUGGGGAGGAGGAUACGAGGGCGGCAACUUGCUCAAGUUCCUUCGAGACAUCGAGCACAGCACAGAGGUGGUUCUGGACCGCUGGAACAUAGACAUCGUCCCAGAUGACAAGGAGGAGAAGGGGGAUCCCGUUCCUUAUAACAUCGUCAACAACUACUUCUCUAUCGGUGUGGAUGCCUCUAUUGCCCAUCGCUUCCAUCUGAUGCGGGAAAAGCAUCCAGAGAAGUUCAACAGCAGGAUGAAGAAUAAGCUCUGGUACUUUGAGUUUGGCACCACUGAGACCAUCUCUGCCACCUGCAAGAAACUUAAUGAAUGCAUAGAAGUGGAGUGCGACGGGAUCAUCUUGGACCUCACCAACACUUCCUUGGAGGGCAUUGCUGUACUCAACAUUCCCAGCAUGCAUGGUGGCUCCAAUCUGUGGGGUGAGACGAAGAAGAGGAGGAACUAUAACCGUAUGAGCAAGAAGGUUUCCGACAGGAUGCUGGCCAGCACCGUCACCGAUGCUAAGGAGCUAAAGUUCUGUAUGCAAGACCUCAGCGAUCAGCUGUUGGAAGUGGUUGGCCUGGAAGGAGCGAUCGAGAUGGGACAGAUAUACACCGGGUUGAAGAGUGCAGGACGUCGGCUGGCCCAGUGCGCCAAUGUCACCAUCAGGACGUCCCGGCGGCUGCCCAUGCAGAUUGAUGGCGAGCCCUGGAUGCAGCCUCCCUGCAUGAUCCGGAUUACCCACAAGAACCAGGUCCCCAUGUUACUGGGCCCACCUCAGAAAAUGCCCUUCUUCUUCUUCAAGAAACGCAACCGGAGCCGCGACUAGCGCACAGACAAUAACAAGACGCUGAAAGUGGGGUGUUCAUUAACUUGAUGCCUACAGAGGUUUAACUCUCUGGUAAACUUAAAAAAAAAAAAAAAAAGAAAAGAAAAGAAAAAAGUCUGUCAGUAAACAAUAACGACCUUCUCCUGUGUAACCAUCGCCCUCUCGUCUCGUCAAGUAUCUCGGUCCAGUUGUGCACUGUUUGGCAAACGCAAAUCGGACUCGCUGCCCGAGGAAGCUCGUCAGGGAGGUGAUAGUGUGGGGAUGGUGUAUGGUGAACUCUCCUUUAAAACACCUGCAUGAAUAAUGCAGCAACCACUCACUCUGGUCUGUCCCCACAGAUUCAACAAAACACAAGAGUGAAAAUAAAUAAAGAAGAAGCCUCAUCCAUUAUCGCUCUGUUUGUGGGUUGACAGCAUCAGCGCGAAACAGUGGCCUGGAAACAAGACGCAUGUGUGACCUACAAAGAGAAAAAUCUGAUAAUCUGACUGUAAACUUCAGUAUGUAUGAUCUAGGGAUGUCCCGAUCAGUAUCAGGGUCGAUCAAGGGAUUUUUAAAAUGAUCAAAUCAAUAUCAGGCUUCACUCAAGAAUAAUUUCUUGUAAUUAUUUAUUUUAGAUUUGACAUAAACCAAAACCAUGUCCCUGUACUUUUAAAAGAUCUUCUUCACUUUUAAAGGAGGCUGGCUAGUAUCAAAGCUGCCAAAAAUCAAAGAAACAGAAGAAGAGAACUUGUUCUUUUUCUUCUUCUCUUCUAUCUGCUGUGUAAAAUGAAGUGAGUCAGACAGCCAUUAGUAAUGUGAAUGUUUGGUGGGGUGGUAGUAGGAGAUCAUUACUAAAAUAACUAGACAGAAUCCAUGGAGUCUACUCAAACAAAGGCUGCAUCCAAACAACAACAACAAACACUAAACACUGCUAGAUGAAUGCAAUGAGGACAACAAAAGACUGUGGGGAUUGACAGGGGAUCAACUUUAGGACAUUUAACAUCUGAUCGGGACAUCCCUAGAAUAGUCUGACAAAUUGAAAGUAGAGACUCUGUCAUUCCUCGUGUCCUUUGUGGAUGGUGCAGAUCAAAUCAACACCAGCUCCUGUUUACAGGACACAUCCAGUGGGUCAAGGAUCGAAAUAAAACCCUGCAGGGUUUUAGCAGCAGGUACCUGGAGGUUUUAUUUACCACAGCAUUGACUAAAUUUAUCCUUCUAUUUCAGUCUCCCCUUUGCUGAAACUCGACUCUUAAUUACCAUGUCAAACAUCCAUUCACAAUGUCAAGAGUCGCUUCAGUAAAGAAUCCACAACACUGUCCCAUGAGCCCCACUGAAAAUAUAAUAAUGUGCAGAGUUUAUGUAAAUUUCUGGAAAGUAGGCAUCAUGUACAUGCAAAUGUGUUUUAAUAUAUUGUUAAUAAUAAUAAUACUAAUGUGGGUUCUUAGCGUAGAGGGUUUCAGUUCAGUAUUCUCUCUGAAGACUUGCUAAUACUUGGUCUAAUUCAGAUUAUAGUGAAUUUCUUUUAUUUUUUAACUUGAAAUGACUGAAUAAUGUGAUGAGAUAAUCUCUCAGUUUGCAGAUGAACACGACUGAUAAUGGAGCAAGAGAAGUCAUAUUAGUUUAAUUCUGAGAGAGAAAAGAGAAACAGACAUCUUGGUUCUAUCCAUCAAUCAAUUCAGGACUGGACAUAAAGAUGGAGGAGAUACUUCACUUCUUCCUCCUCUUAUUGUCCUUGUCAUUCUUCCACUUAACCUUUCCUUGUGUAGUUUCUUCUAGUUCUCCUUCUUCCUGCAUUUUCCAUCCUCCUUCUUCUACUCCUACCCCUUUCUUCUCUUACUCAGGUUCUUCUCAUUCUUCCUUUCUUCUUCUUCCUCCUCCUGCUGUUAUAUUUCCUUCAGAUUCUUCUAUCUCCUCCUCCUCCUUCUACUAUCUCCUUCUUCUUCUCCUCUUCUCCUCUCUUUCUCCUCCUUCUUCUACCAUCUUCUCUUCCUCUUCAUUUUUCAUCUCUGAUGGCACCAUUUUGUCUGGUCACCAAGGUAACAUUUCAGGUAACAUUUCCUGAUCAGGAUGAUGGUGAUGUACUGAUCUGUGUGAACACACUUGAUAAUUAACAUUUCUUCUUUGUGUUUCUUGUAAGACAAAGGUAAUAUUUGGAUCUGGAAGGAAUGUAGGUUAGCUUGUACUAUCUGAACCACAAAUCAGUACCUAAGCAGUGACACUAGGAGAAUAGUCAGAGCGACAUCCAUGAAUGUUUGCAUACGAUUUAAUCGUGGAGAUCGGAAUUGCUGAGUUAUCCAUCAAAACUAAUGAGGUUAUUCUGGUCAAGAAUGUAUGUCCCCCAAAAAACAAAGCUGACCUGAUGGGUUUCUAGAAAACAUUUCCUCCAACUCUUUGGUUGUAAAAGAUUUUUGAAAAGUUUAGGUUUUUAUUAGCAACAUGAAACUCUUUGGCUGGUUAGAAUUAGACGUAAACCUGGUGUUUUAAAGGCAGAAUGUAAAAGUGUUAAACUCUUAUAUAGAUGUUUAUUUAAAACUGUCUUAUGUCCUGAGAUGAGGCGCAGAGUCUGCCGGACACUGGAGCGAUGCUAUGAUGGAAACAAGCUGAACUCUGCUGCAGGGUCAGGUGUCAUCGCCUCAGCACCCGCUUCCCUUUAAAAAAACACACCGAGUGGCCACUCUGGUGUCCAGGCUCCAUGAAGUUUUCACUGUUCUCAGUGAUAAAGAGGGUAUGUUUACAGUAACUCUACAUUUACUAAACGAAUGGUUUUGGACUGCACCUCCACUCUAGACUAGACGUGUACAUAUCUGUUUAUAAUAUUUUAUUUGACAAUACUUUAUCACCGCAUGCCUGAAACAAAAGGAGAGUGAACAAAAUAGGAGAGUGUGGAUCUGACUCAUCAAAUUCUUUUUUUCUGCUUAAAAGAAUCAAUUUAUCUGAAAUAUUUAUUUUUUGUUUUUCUGUGUGGAUUUAUUUUAUUUUUUGCUAGCAUGUUAAAGAGAAGCCAGAAGACACGUGACAUUAAAAAUAAUAAUUAAAGA